AGAAGGCGAGAGCGAGGAGGGGUUUGGAGAAGGGCUGCGUGUGGAGAGGAGGGACGGAAGGGGGGGGGCUGCGGGGAAGUGGGCGAGGGAAACUCUGCGCUUUAACUCCAAUCAAUGUGGUAGAGGAUUCCUCCCAAGCAUUUUCAAGGAAGUCUGAGGCAAUUAGUUCAGUCAGUAGACAGCCUGUAGCCAGCCAGUCUGGGCUGUUCCCAAUGACUCGCAAGGAAUCAAAAAGGAGAGCAGUUACAAUAAUUUCCUAUGAUCGCUGCAGUUUGGGCUUCUUUUGAGGACAGAUAUUUUUUUGUUGUUGUGUCUCUGGAGGGCGUGUGGUUCUGUGCGGCUGAUUUCUUUUCUUUUUGGGGGCGUUUACAUUUUGCAUUUGGGGACUGCUGGAGAUUUUUGCUCGUGAAAACUUCGCCGCGUGCCUGGUGGGUGGAAGCGGAGGACGAGCGAUGGGCUUCGAGCUGGAUCGGUUCAACGGGGAGGUGGAUCCCGACUUCAAAUGCAAUCUGUGCAACAAAGUUCUGGAGGAUCCUCUCACCACCCCUUGCGGUCAUGUGUUCUGCGCCGGCUGCGUCCUGCCUUGGGUGGUGCAGCAGGGCAGCUGCCCAGUGAAGUGCCAGCGGAUCUCCACCAAGGAGCUGAACCACGUCCUGCCCUUGAAGAGCCUCAUCCUCAAGCUGGACAUCAAGUGCGACAACCAGGCGCGGGGCUGCGACAAGGUGGUCAAGCUGCAGCACCUGGCCGAGCACGCCGAGAUGUGCGACUACUCGCCGGCCAAGUGCCGCCACAAGGGCUGCGCCGAGGUGCUCAACUUGCGCGACGUGGACGCGCACAUGCGCGAGAGCUGCGAGGCCCGGCCGGUGGGCAUCUGCGAGCAGGGCUGCGGCUUGGUCCUCACCCACCGCGAGCACAAGGCCGGCUCGCACUGCUGCCUGCAGGCGCUCAAGGGCCACAACGCCGCCCUCGCAGCCAAGCUGGCCGGCCUCGAGAAGGAGCUCAAGAAGGAAGCGCUCCGAGCCGGCAAGAGGGAGAAGUCGCUCCUCUCGCAGCUCUCGGCCGUCCAGCUCGAGCUGCAGAUGACAGCGCUGCGCUACCAGAAGAAGUUCACCGAGUACAGCGCCCGCCUCGACUCGCUCAGCCGCAGCCUGGCGGCCCCCUCGCCCACCAAGGGUGAAGAAACUAAAGCACUCACACUUGUCCUUCAUCGUGAUUCUGGAUCUCUUGGAUUUAAUAUAAUUGGUGGACGACCAUGUAUGGACAAUCAAGACGGCUCAUCCAGUGAAGGAAUUUUUGUCUCUAAAAUAGCUGACAGUGGGCCUGCUGCCAAAGAAGGGGGACUGCAGAUUCAUGACAGGAUUAUUGAAGUAAAUGGAAAAGACUUAUCAAAAGCAACUCAUGACCAAGCAGUAGAAGCAUUCAAAACAGCUAAAGAUCCUAUUGUAGUCCAGGUCCUUAGGAGAGCGCCACGCGCCAAAAUCUUCAGUCCCUCUCAUGAAUGUCUCCUAGUUGAUAUGGGCACCCAGACGGAUAUCACCUUUGAACACAUCAUGGCUUUAACCAAGAUGGGCUCACCUACUCCACCAGUUACAGUGCUGGAUCCUUACCUCUUACCUGAAGAGCAUUCAUCAGGGCAUGAAUACUAUGACCCAAAUGAUUACAUGGGAGGCAUUCAUCAAGAAAUGGACAGAGAGGAGCUAGAAUUAGAGGAAGUGGAUUUGCAUCGAGUGAACAGCCAAGAUAAGUUUGGGCUUACUGUGUGCUACAGAACUGACGAUGAAGAUGAUAUUGGCAUUUAUAUAAGUGAGAUUGAUCCCAACAGUAUUGCUGCCAAAGACGGUCGCAUCCGAGAAGGCGAUCGUAUAAUUCAAAUUAAUGGCAUAGAGAUACAGAAUCGAGAGGAAGCUGUGGCGCUUCUCACCAGUGAAGAGAGCAAGAACGUCUCCUUGCUCAUAGCAAGGCCAGAGAUUCUCCAGUUGGAUGAAGGAUGGAUGGACGAUGACAGAAAUGAUUUUCUGGAUGACUUGCACAUGGACAUGCUGGAGGAACAACACCACCAGGCGAUGCAGUUCACUGCCAACAUGCUUCAGCAGAAGAAAAAUGAAGAGGACGGAGGCACCACAGACACGGCAACUAUUUUAUCCAACCAACACGAGAAAGACAGCGGCGUAGGUCGUACCGACGAAAGCACUCGAAAUGAUGAAAGUUCUGAGCAAGAAAACAAUGCAGAUGAUCACACUACUUUCUCCAAUAGCUUGGGAAGCCAGAAGAAACUGACAUAUAGCCAGGACACGCUGGGCAGUGGAGACAUGCAGUUUAGCAACGAGUCAUUCAUUUCAGCUGACUGUACGGAUGCGGACUUUCUUGGCAUCCCGGUGGAUGAGUGCGAGAGGUUCCGUGAACUGUUGGAGCUGAAAUGCCAGGUAAAGUCCACCAACGCUUAUGGUCUGUAUUACCACAAUAGCACCCCGGAUAUGAGUAAAAGUGAUCAAGAAAGUGUGGACAGGGAGCUGGAGAUGCUGAAUGAGGAACUACGCAAUAUUGAACUGGAGUGCCUCAACAUCGUGAGAGCUCACAAGAUGCAGCAGUUAAAAGAGCAGUACCGAGAGCCCUGGAUGCUGCAUAACAGCGGCUUCCGGAAUUACAACACAAGCAUUGAUGUUCGCCGGCAUGAGCUCUCAGAUAUCACAGAGCUCCCUGAAAAAUCAGACAAGGACAGCUCCAGUGCUUACAAUACAGGGGAAAGCUGCCGUAGUACACCUCUCACUUUGGAGAUCUCCCCCAACAACUCUUUAUGCAGGACUGCGGAAGGGCUCAAUCUGCAGGUCAGCGAAGGGGCAGAAGCACAGGGUGGUUUCCAGAAAAAUUUGCUGACAUGCCCAGAAAAUCAAGAAUCUGGCACAACUAAGCCACACCCAAAAGAUGCUGACCCUGACAAGCAACUGGAAAGCAAAGAGAGGAAAGCCACUGACGGAAGCAAAAGUCCCACUCAGCCACCCAAACCAGGAGGCUCCUACUUAUCCUCAUACCACCAUUCCCCCUAUAAACAUGCCCAUAUCCCUGCCCAUGCCCAACACUACCAGAGCUAUAUGCAGUUGAUACAACAGAAAUCAGCCGUGGAAUAUGCACAGAGCCAAAUGAGUUUAGUGAGCAUGUGCAAAGACUUGAACUCUUCAAACCAGAGCGAACCCAGGAUGGAAUGGAAAGUCAAGGUGAGGAGUGACGGCACCCGCUACAUCACCAAGAGACCUGUAAGGGACAGGCUGCUGAGAGAACGUGCCAUAAAGAUUAAGGAAGAACGUAGUGGCAUGACCACAGACGACGACGCCAUCAGUGAAAUGAAGAUGGGCCGUUACUGGAGUAAGGAGGAACGAAAGCAGCAUUUGUUGAAAGCAAAAGAGCAGAGGAGAAGGCGUGAGUUCAUGAUGCAAAGCAGGUUAGAAUGUCUGAAGGAACAGCAAGGGGCUGAGGAGAAGAAGGAGAUGAACAUCAUAGAACUGAGCCACAAAAAAAUGAUGAAGAAAAGGAAUAAAAAGAUAUUUGACAACUGGAUGACGAUCCAAGAACUCUUAACCCAUGGCACAAAGUCCCCCGAUGGCACAAAGGUUUACAACUCCUUCCUGUCGGUGACUACGGUAUAACUCUCCUGUGCCAAAGUUGUGUACAUAACAACCCUACCAUUGGGGUAGAGAUUCCUGCCUCGUUAAAUGUGGCAACCCUGGUUCUUUUUUGUAUAUAAGACCCACAUGUCGAGUUUGUAAUGCAAAGACUGCUGUGGGUGCAGCCGUCCUCAGCAGGGGACAGAAACAGUCACACACCCAGCAUCUUUAAUGGCAAUACUGAACAGACAGAGCUUAUUUGAAACACCGAUAGUACCUUUUUUUGUAACUUGUUACCCUUUUACAUAACGUGUUUUAAAUAUCAGGAAAAAAAACAUAUUAAUCAUACUUACGCAGGUAAUUUUUAAACUAUAUUCAUAUUUAAUUUUAAAAGGUUACACGUGCAGAAACUCAAAGACAACUUCAAAUAUAUAUAUUUUAACACACAAACCCCCCCAGUAUUUUGCAAUAUAUCUUAGCUACUGUGCCCUUUUUCGGCACAUGUCAACUGUUUUAUCCACAUUUUAGCUGAACUACCGAAUUCCUGAUAGGAUUAUUUUGCAGGAAUAUGCAUCAUUUAUCAAACUGUCUGGGUCUUUGGGACUGGGUAUGCAUUCUGGUUUGCCUCUUGGCAGGGCAGGCUGCCCAGCAUGUGAGUCUCCAAACACAGCCUAGCUGUCAUUUAUGGUGUCCCGUCCUGUGUUCAGCAAGCUUUUAUUUGUUGGCCAGGGACUGUAAAACAGGAUUGUCGACAAAGUGGCCGAGUACUGCACAAGACUCAUGGGCCGUAAAUUGUACAGGUACAGUCUCAGAGGGAUGGCUGUGAAUAUCUGGUUAGCUGCAAGCCCGCUUCAAAGCAGUAGUCAGAGGUAAUGCAUUGAGGGCUGUAAGAAUAUGCCAGGGGCUGAAGCAGUAUAGCUCAUAUAAUAUGCAGGAUGCACACAACAGUAAAUGCACACAACUGCUUAAGAGUUCUGGCUAACAGCUGUACACUUUCUUCCUCCCUGUUGUUUCUGAAAGAAGUAGGAAGGUCUCGUUGAAUGAGCAGGAGCAAAACUGCUGCGUGCGGCAGCUCUGAAGGAAUCUGAAGCAAGUUUGCCAAGGGCUGUGGCCUGUGGAAAGAAUGUGCAUGUAUGUCUAAUGUUUUUUACAAGGCUGUUUGUGUACUUUGAAAUGCCCAUUGUAGUAGCUGUCUGCUUUGUAGAUUUGAAUGUAUUGAAAAUGAGAGCAGUUUUCACG